AUUGCAGCAAUAUAAAAGCAGCUGCAAUCCGUUUUUCACAACUAUAUCAGCAUCUCAGUCUCAGGAGGGACUAGUACUAACAAGCAAACAUGGGCCAAACGCCAUCAUCACCACCACCACCAUCAAAGGAAUUUGACCAAGAAUGGAGAGGAACAUGUUGGAGUAAACAAGCGAGAGAUGCCAUGGUGAAUGCACUGAGGAACUUUGAACUGAGUGAUCCUGAUGUGGGUCAGCUGAGAUGCCUGCUACAUGGACCAGUCGGUGCAGGGAAGUCCAGCUUCAUCAACUCAGUCAACAACGUUUUCCAAGGACGAUCAACACAUAAUGCCCUGGCAUCUGCUGCCACUGGCACCAGCUUCACCAUGAAAGCUACACAAACGCCCCACACCGCGUGGCUGCGCCCCUCACUCACACCAGCUCCCAGACAGUCUUAG